AUGUGGGAACUGUCAGCUGAAGAGUUAACCCGGACUGUGAACCAUCAGCGGAUUAUCUUGCAGAAGCUCUUCCCUUCUUAUUCCUUAGACGCCCUCAUUUGUCUCUCUCGAGAAGAACUAUUGCAAGUCAUCGUAGCCGAAGGACCGACGCGGGAUAUCGCCACCGCUACUGAGCUUAAUACUACAGUGAUCAGGGAGAGCGACCACAGCGAUGAGGACCGGCAGCUUGAGGAAAAUCGGAAGCUGUCUAAGGGAACAUCGAAUGUCUACGAUGAUGUCAAUGGCUUGUCACUCUCAUUCGAUCGACAGCAGACCAGUCUAGGGAUAUUAUCAGUCAGGUUUAUCCUACGCCUCCUGGUUGAGCGAUGGCCCACCGUGAGAACGAAAUUAUACCAGAAGAGAUGUCGUUUGGAAUUUCAGCACCAAUCAUAUCCGCAUCCGCGAGGACCUCGUGAAACCAUUGGAUCAGCGCCAGUUAGCAUGAUCGAUGAGGUAGCCUGCAUAGAUGCGUAUUUCAAGACUGCCAAUUCCAUUACCCCAAUGAUCGAUGAGACACAGUUCCGCAGAGAAUACAGCAGUGGGGUUCGGAAAGAUGCUGGUUGGCUUGCUCUCCGUAGCAUGGUACUCGUGGUGGGAUCAAUCGCUGCUAGCGAGGAAGGAAGCCGACGUAGUCAUGCAUUUUAUGCAUCUGUACGACAGCACAUCGGGCUUGAGAGUUUUGGAUCCGCUUCUAUUGAGAGCCUGCAAGCUCUGUGUCUUUUGGGAGGGUACUAUCUACACUAUCGAAAUACGCCAAAUAUGGCCAGUGCCGUUCUAGGCGCCGCAUUCCGAAUGGCAACCGCACUUGGUCUCCAUAAGGGGCCCAUAGAGCUAAAAAAUCCUGAAGAGAGCUUGGAAAGCCAUUUUGCAAGUAGAGAAGCCCGACGGCGCACGUGGUGGAGCCUCUUUUGUCUGGAUACCUGGGCGUCCAUGACACUCGGACGGCCAACAUUUGGCAGAUGGGAUCCAGAUACGAUGGAUGUAUCGCUUCCGAAAUAUGGCAAGAAUCAAAGCCAUCGAGAUAUCAUCAUCACCGCAUUCAGAGCGAAUGUGGAGUUUUGCAAAUUGGCCACUGAAAUCCAAAGACGACUGGCCCAAUCAGAUCCACCUACGACUGGUGAAAUCAAUGAUUUUGACACUGCUCUCAGAGGCUGGCACGAAGAGGCUUUAACGGCCAUCUCGCAUGAAAACUGCCCAGAUGAUUUUAUUGUCGUCAGAGACUACAUGCGGAAUCGGUAUAUGAACGUCCGGAUGCUUUUACUCCGGUCUGUACUUCUACGACAUGUGCAAGAUAAGACGCAAUUCGAAGAUUUGACAGGAGAUGAUAGAGAAGCUAUCGUCAAUUGUCAAAGACUUAGUCUCGAGGCUAUUCGGAACAUUGUUUGCUGUAUGCGACCCGACUCAUUUUGGGUAUGGGGCAGUACCUGGUAUCUCUACCAAUCCUGCCUUGUCCCGUUGAUGAUGUUACUUGCCUUUCCAUGUAGAUCGGAAUUAGCGCCUUGUCACUCCGAAAUUGAGCAGGCUCUUGCAGCUUUCAAGUCAUUUAUACCCUGGAAUGCAGCUGCUAGACGAUCACAUGAUGUGGUUGAAAGCAUUUACGAAGCCAGCAAGAAUGUAACAGGACUCGAGGUGAGUAGGGGGACUCUACCACCGUUUGGGGAAAUGGAUAUGGAAUUUUGGAAUCUCGCCGCAGGAGGCUUUGAAUAUGACUACGAAUGGGAAUCUCUAAUAGACUGGGAGAAGACUUCUACCCCUAAUGUGGAAGAUUGA